CAGAGCCGUAAAUGCAGCAUCGCGCGCAGGUUCCCAUAAAGUAUCACUGGUGAACGUAAAUGUGACUACGGUAGAAUUUGGGGUUUAGUAUAUUCAAACACGCGCUGUCAUUUAGAAUAACCGUAUUGUGGAUUAGAUGAAACUCCUUGAAAUGUAAAUGCAAUUGUUUUUGAAAAGAGCAUAUAGUGUUAGUUAAAUAAAAAAAUAGAGAAGAUGGAUCAAACUCACGACUUGGAUACCCUUAUGGGUUAUAUGGGUGACUUUGGCAAAUAUCAAGCAUGGCAGUUCUUCCUCCACAUCCUCUCAGCAGCUACUGCUGGUCUGAACAUGCUUUCUCUUGUCACCGUUGCAGCCGUACCAGACCAUCGAUGCCAAAUCCCGGAUGAAGAUGAUACAGUCUUCAACAAUACCUUACUAUCAGACUAUAUGCAGUAUCUACCCAAUGGAGCUCUUGAUAGAUGUCAGUACUUAAAUGUCACUACCAAUGAAACAGUGAGGUGCAACAGUUGGGUGUACGAUGAUACUUAUUAUAAAUCUUCUAGGGCUAUUGAAUGGAAUUUUGUGUGUGAUCAAAGAUGGAUGGGAGCAGUAGCUCAAUCAAUGUAUAUGUUCGGUGUGUUCACAGGAGCCGUAACUUUAGGAAACAUGGCGGAUAAAUAUGGCAGAAAACCAGUUUUUUGUUGGUCAGCAGUCUUGCAAGUUGUAAUCGGAGUAGGAGUUGCGUUUUCUCCUAACUAUUAUUCUUUCAUCAUAACCAAAUUUUUACAUGGAAUAUUUGGAUCAGCUGGCAGCUAUAUUCCAGGUUUUGUUCUGACUAUGGAACUGGUGGGAUCAAGCAAGCGCUCUAUGUGUGGCAUAGCUUUUCAAGCAGUAUUUGCAUUUGGAAUAAUGUUGGUAGCAGCUUGGGGUGCCCUAAUUAAGGACCGAGUUCUGCUUCAAGUAAUCUACGGAUGCCAUGCUAUAAUCCUCUUAGGACACUUCUGGUUAAUGGACGAGUCACCGAGAUGGCUUUGGGCGAACGGUAGAAAAAAAGAAGCAGUAAACAUCAUAACCAAAGCAUUGAAAAUGAACAAUAGUUCCGUCAGCGUAGACCCUACGUCCUUCUUGGACAAAAAUCCUGAAGUCCAAAAGCAAGAACAGCCAGAAGAAGCAGGAAUGUUAGACUUAUUUAGGCAACCCAGAUUAAGAAAGAUGGCUUUAAACGUUUGCUUAGCGUGGUUUGCUAACUCACUAGUAUAUUACGGCUUAUCAUUAAAUACUGGGAGCCUGCAAGGCAAUCCUUACUUAAUUUUAUUUGUUAUGGGAAUGGUGGAGCUUCCAAGUUAUGUUUUAACAGUUUACAUCAUGGAUCGCCUCGGGCGUAGAUCAAUCACUUCCUUCAAUAUGAUUGUGGGAAGUAUUUGUUGUAUAUUAGCAGCAAACUUGGCAGCUGGCAGCUCACUUUCUAACUGGUUCGUUUUUAUAGGAAAAUUUUUAAUAGCUAGUUCUUUCGCUGUUGUAUAUAACUAUUCUGCGGAACUUUUUCCCACAGUUAUACGAAACUCGGCCAUGGGGUUGGGAUCGAUGUGCGCUAGGCUUUCUGGCGCCUUAACUCCGUUGAUUAUGCUUUUUGACUCAUUCGAUCCCAAAUUACCAUCGAAUAUUUUUGCUGUGAUAGCAUUAGUUUCGGGCUUUCUAACUUUGUUCUUGCCAGAAACCCUUGACAAGGCAAUGCCUCAAACUAUAGAGGAUGGGGAGAAUUUUGGUGUGGGAGAUACAUGUUUUACUACUUGUUUAGGCAAGAAACAGAAACAGGAAUUAGAAGGGGUAACGCCGAAUGAACUUGAACCACUCAAAGCUUGAAGGGUUACGCCAAUUGUUAGCUAUAAUCUUGGUAAUUUGAUAAAUAUUUAUUGCCCUUUUUUACUAGUAAUUAAAGCAAAUUCGAAUAAUUUGUAAUGCAGAAAGAACAAUUUAUUAUUUACAGUGCAUAUUAAUAAAGUAAAUUAAUUUUGGUAACAAAGCAGAAUUCUAAGAUUUGAAUUCAUGAUAAAUUAUAGACUAAAUAAUAUAAUGGAUUACUAAUAGUAAACAGAUUACAAACUGAUAUAAGAGGCAUUUACUAAGAAAUUAUUUUCAGUCAUUCCCCGUUGUUUCCUCAAAACUACCCUCCUUUGCAGAUGCCUCUCAAAAACUUUUAUUGUAUUUUAAUAAAUCUCUUAGGCUCAAUCAAAUUUCUCAAUCUCUUACGAUGCUCCGCUCUGUCCUGGUUAAGACCUCUUUAUCUUCUGUGGGCAUUUCCUGGUCAAGGCUGUAAAAUCUUCUCUUAACCAAAAGAGACUUCAUAACUCGCUGCUAAGUCGCUUGUUCAAGGCCAAGUCCUUUAUUUGGAAUGUUAUAAAAAACUCUAGGGGUUUCUUUACAAAAUUUGGGAAAAACAUUUUAUACAAGGAAACAACUUUUGCAAAGCAGAAAAUAAGGUUAAACAACGCGAAACGCUAGUGGCCCGUAUUUCGAUACGUAUAUGACGUAUAUUUUUUUAUUGUAAAAUAUUUUUUUUUAUUAAUAUAUUUGAAAUUCGUAUAUAUGUAUAUCACUCCACGAACCCCAAAUUUAUUAGUUAGUAAAUGAAAAUUGGGAGUUUCAAGAAUUCUUUGAUGCGCACUAUGACAUAUACGUAGGUUCCUAAAUUCAUAUUUAUUUAACAGCAGUUUUGUUAAAUUAUAUUAAUUUUGUAUCUAAUAUAAAUUAUGUGAAAAUAGAUUUGAAGUUAUCAAAUAAUAUAAUAUUGUAAGUAACAUAUUAUAUUAUUAACAGAUUUAUAGAUUCAAGAUUAUACAAUUUUUUAUGUGAGUGUAAAGUGUAAUAAGUAAAUUUUACUUACGUUUGUAUUUUAAUUAAAGCAAAUAAUUUAAAUUAAAAAUUAUUUACAAAUAUAUUUUUCAAUAAAAAAUAAAGUUUAUUUAAUAGUA